UUCUGAGACUCCGGCGAAGUCCGCCACAAGCAGAACCCCAACUGCCCUUUUUCUUUUUCCCGCGACACCCUUUUUCCGGGAAAUCUUUUACCGAGAAACAAACUAGCUGCUCAAGUUUAAGAGGGCUGAAAAUGUUCAAGAACACUUUCCAGUCUGGAUUUUUGUCCAUCUUAUACAGCCUUGGGAGCAAACCUUUGCAGAUAUGGGAUAAGGAAGUUGUCAAUGGCCAUGUAAAGCGACCACAGGAUGAAGACAUACAAUCCAACGUCCUUGAAAUAGUUGGAUCAAAUAUUCAGUCCACAUACAUUACUUGCCCGGCUGACCCAUCUGCAACACUUGGUAUAAAACUACCAUUUUUGGUCGUGAUUGUGAAGAAUCUAAAGAAAUAUUUUACAUUUGAGAUUCAAGUCCUGGACGAUAAGAAUGUCAGGCGGCGUUUCCGAGCUUCUAAUUUUCAAGCUGUCACUCGAGUGAAACCAUAUAUCUGCACCAUGCCACUGAGGAUGGAUGAGGGCUGGAAUCAAAUUCAACUAAAUCUAGCUGAUCUUACCAGGAGAGCUUAUGGGACCAACUAUGUUGAGACAUUGCGCGUUCAGGUUCAUGCGAACUGCCGUCUGAGGAGGAUAUAUUUCUCUGACCGCCUGUACUCAGAGGAGGAGCUUCCACCAGAGUUUAAAUUGUACCUUCCAAUGCAGCAGAAAGCAUGACAAAUUUCAUGAAAGGGCUCCACAGCCAUUAUAUCUGACAGAGUAGGGUUUUGAGAUCUAUAUUUUUCUACCAUCCUCUCUGCCAAUUUAACUGUUCUAUCUUUUAUCUUCUUUGUAGUCUUAUACAUACAAUGUAACAAAAGAUCCUGGGACUGAACCACCAGGGUAUGUGCUCCAUUGGAGCUUGGGAUUUAGCACGACCAGACGUGAUUUCGUUAUGCUGUUGAAACUCUUUUGAUCUUUGUUAA